UCCUUUUAUUUUACAUCGGCAGUUCUUAGAUAGCGGUCGUUGUGCGAACAGUCUUUAAAUACUUUUACAUCUGACAUACCUUGUGAAAAUGUCACAGAAGAACGAUUCAAAUGUUAGUGUGCGCAAGAACUUAUUUUAUGAAAAGGUGUUAAAUUAUUACAAUGAUAAACCAAAUAAAAAACCGUUCACAAAAGAUAUCAUUAAGUCAAUGAUUAACGAAAUCCAAAUAGCUAAAAGUAAAACGUAAGUACAGUAACAUGCUAUUACCUACUCUAUCUUAAUGUUGUUUUUUUAUAGCGGACGAAAAGAAAGGAGAGAAUACUUUUUAUUAAGCACGUACGAUGUAAUGACUGUGGGAAAUAACUCAUAUCUAAUUAAGCAACAUGGCGCGGAAGAUAAAAUAGAAUAUGUGGUUGCAUAUGAGGAGCUAUAUGAAAAACUGGACGAUGUUCAUACCAACAAAACUGGUCAUGGGGGACGAAUUAAAAUGGAAGCUGCUUUACGUAUGAAAUACAGUAUUCCUCGUCCAGCAAUUGAAUUAUUUAUCUCAUGCUGUGAACCAUGCAAUGAAAAAAAGCAAGGAAGGAAAAAAAUAGUUGUGCGGCCAAUCGUUUCGAAAGACUUUAAUGAACGGGGCCAGGUAGACUUAAUUGAUUUCCAGUCAAUGCCUGAUAGUAAAUUCAAAUGGAUUAUGAACUAUCAGGACCAUUCCACAAAAUUCAUCUUUCUGCGAGCAUUAGAAUCUAAGAGAGCCGAAGAAGUUGCUAAAGAACUCUUAAGUAUUUUUCUGUUAAUCGGGGCCCCGAAGAUCCUUCAGAGCGAUAAUGGUCGCGAAUUUGUUAACCGCAUAAUCACCGACUUGAAAACAAUGUGGCCAGAGUGUCUACUGGUACAUGGGCGCCCAAGACAUCCACAAAGCCAAGGGAGCAUUGAAAGGGCCAAUAAAGAUGUAGAAGAUAUGAUACGCGCUUGGAUGCACGACAAUAAUUCUAAGAAAUGGUCCAUUGGUUUACAGUUUGUUCAAUGGCAAAAAAAUAUUUCUUUCCAUAGAACCAUUGGACGUUCACCAUACAAGGCUCUGUUAGGAAGUGACCCAAAACUUGGCCUUACUUCUAGUAACAUUCCAUUGUCAUUGGCAAAGACUAUAGAAACCGAAGAAGAAUUGCAAGAGAUUUUGAAUGAUCGACCGGCAGAAGCAGAGGAACUACUUAAUUGUGAAAAUGUUAGUGAAAAUGUGGACAAUGAUGGCGAAAAUGAGGAAAAUGAUAUUGAAAAUAACGAAAAUUACACUGACAAUAUCGAGACGGAUGUUCUUAGUGCGUGCGUAACGGACACCGUUGUUCAUCAUAAUCCGAGUUGUCAACUCGAUAGGUGUUGUAUUUGUGAAGAAGAACUAAAUUCAGAAAAUAAAGUGCGGUGUGACAAAUGUCAACAGAAUGUUCAUCCCAAUUGCAUAUCAGCUUCUUGUAGCAAAGAAGACGCUGAUACACAAUUAUGUCAGUUAUGUUUUACUUCAAGUAACAUUCUUAGAGAAAGACAAGCUACUAGAACUAAAACUGAAGAAGCUGCAAAAAAAAUGCUCAACAGUUCCACGAAAAAGUUACCUAAACUAAAGAAAGGCGAUUGUGUGUUGUUAAGCACACCCAAGGUAGAUCGAGGACCUGGAGAUCCGCUAAACUUAAUAUGCAUCAUCAUGGACCAAAAAAACGGCGUUAAUCAAUUAGCUUGUCAGCAUGGAAUGUUAAAGGGUUGGUUUGGACCAGAAUGUUUAUCACUAGCAGGUGCAGCGUUCCUUUCCAUACAUGCUAUUAACACAACUAGAUACUUGUCAAUCAGAGAAGCUGUAAUGAUGACAAGCGGCGGUCAAGGAUUUGUUAAAUGCAUGUGCAAACCAGGAAGAAAACAAUGCAACAGCGCAAGGUGUAUUUGCAUGAAAAAUAAAUCGAUGUGUACUUCUAGGUGCCACCAAAGUUUGCCAUGUUCAAACAAAUAAAGAUUUACAUUUUUGAUAACUGAUGUGUUCUUUCACAAUUAUUUGUACAUUAUAUGUAAUCGACAUUUCAGCAUGAGGCAGAAAAGAAGUUGCGUUUCAUGAAGUGACUAAAAUAA